CCAGCGAUCGCUAGCGACCUAUUUCAAGCCCAAUGGCGUCCCUUGCCUCCAAACGCAAGUCCCCCGAGGACGCGUCCCACAACGAGGAAGCCAUCACACCCACCAACAGCCCACCUAAGAAGAAGCUUCGGAUUACACGCAACCAGAAACAGGCUCUCAUUGAUAACCUCCAGCUCGAAAUCACCGAACGCGCCCGCAAACUCCGUGCUCAGUAUGCUCUCCAAGCCAACGACCUACGCGCCCGGAUCGAGCGACGCAUCAACCGAAUCCCCAUCGCACUCCGCAGAGCCAACAUGGGCGAACUACUCGAGAGACACAUGAGAGCACACCAAGAGAACACAUCCCCACGCAAGCUGCUCAGCCCAGCCAAAGCAUCCCGGAAUUUCGCAACCAUUUCCGCUAGCCCCAAGUUGCGCAAAGCGACGACUGCCAGUCCCAGCUCCCGCAAGGUACGCAAACAAAGCCACGAAGGCAUCUAUUCCGAUAAAGAGAACGCGCCCGCCCCCGGCGGGGAGUCGCUCGACGUGCUCAAGAACCCCAAACGCCGGGCCAAACCCGGAGCAGCAGCGGGAACCUCGCGGGUGGUGUCACAGGAGAUGAGGGGCGCCAACGACUACCGGAUCCUGUCGCCCAAGACCUCGAACUCGCGGACGUACCCCCAAUCCCCUCUACGCGUCGCCUCGCCUGAGAAACCCAACCACCACCCCCACCACACAUCGUCCUACCUCUCCCGACCCAUGUCCCCCCUCAAGCCCUCCAGCCCGCUCAAGGGCACCUCCGCCAGCAUGCCGGGCCUGCGGUCCGUUCGCGGCACCAACGCGCCCUCAACAUCCGUCGUCAGGCCCUCGUCCCAAGCAGCCACCAGACGCCCGGCAAGCCGCGCCGCAACUACGACAAGCAAGUCCCUGCGCUCGCCCUUACCGCGGCCCGCGACGCGCCAGCUCGACCGCCGGGACAGUGUCUCCUCGUCCGCCUCCUCCGGCACCACCGUGGCGACCAAGCCAACCCGGACCCUCACGGGCAGCAAGAAGACCGCCGGUAGUGCCACUGCGUCCGCGACGGCCUCCUCCGCUGCCAGGAAGAAUACGGGCGGCCGCACCCAAGCCUCCGCGGCCGUCGCCGCUAAACGCAACGCCGCAUCAGGAACAACGACCAAGCGAGCCACCACCCCGGCCGGGGGUGAAGCCGCCCCCGCAGCCGGCCGGAGGGUUCUGCGCAAGCGAGCCUGAUAGGAACCUAACUUCCGACCUUCUGUUCUUACGAUCUAAGUCAUUUUGAUACCUUCCAGUGUUGCUUUGUAUAUGAUUGGAGUUCCGCGUGGUGUUGUGCUUGAUACCGGGGGGCGUGCGAUUCAGGAGUUAAUUUUAGGUAUCGAAGGCGUAUAGGGGGCUUGGGGUAAAUCAUUUGGAGUUUUCAUGUCAAUUACAGCUUCUAUCGUUGUUCUGGUUUUGCCCAAUGCAUCGGAUCAAUUAUCGAGAGACAUUACCAGGUGUCAUGUUUGUCCUUGUGGAAUUAUGAUUGUGUUUACUUGAAUCCAGCAUGCAUUUGCUGUUAAAAACCCUCAAUGUCUCUUUGACAGCAUCAGAACCGCUCUCAGCAUGGAACACUAUAUAUCAUAAUUUCACACUGU